GAAGUGCGCGUCCUAGGCCGGCAGCCAUGUUUGGUCACGGUCCUGCUCCAGUGUGAAGUGAGUUUCGCGUCUGUCAGCGUCUUUCCUGGUCGAGUAUUCCCGUCCCGGAUCCUGAGGCAGCUGCUCCAGGUCUCCCGCGCGGUGCUGGCCUCUCUGCCCUCCCUGGGCUGCUCCAGAGCCGUGUGACUUCCUGUAGCCGCGUUGUGCCCGGGGACUCCCACCACCGCUGCCGCUUUCCUGCCGCCGUAGCCGUUUUCCUGCCGUCUCCACCCUGUUGGAGAACCCGGCCACCCCGCCCACGCCCUCCUGGACCGCAGUUGUUUUCUGCACGGCCUGGGCUGUACCUUUUCUCUCGGUGAAUUAACAGGUGGGAAAGGACCAACUGAUGCUUCUCAGAUGGCUUUUCGCAAGUAAAACGGGACUUUUGUUAAAGUAUUGCUGGUCAGAGAAAAAGUCCCAGGUGUGACACAGAGAGAACUAGUCCAGUUUAGGCAGCUGGGUGCCUGAAGCGAGUGUCUGGCAUAUCCUUGUUAUCACAAGUGAGGAGUUUCGACUGCUCUGACUGGCUGUGUGGACCAAACGUUAUUCAUCUGCCUCCAGACUGCCCAGUGGCUCUGCUUCUACUCACGUAUUGAGCUCAGAGAGAAAAUUCACUUAACCUCCAGAAGCUGUAGCCAGGAGAUGGAAUGCACUUUCAUCUAGAAGAUCCCUGGGUACUUUGUUUUGAGAGCUUGUUGAGGUGAUCAUGGUCUGUUUCUUUAUGUGACUUCAUAUUGACUGCUGUCUCCGAGCCAUCUAUAAGUUAUUGCAUUAGUUUAUGUUUGCUUACUGUGUCGUAGCACGUUGCUUUGUUUUGUUUUGAUAUGCCCAAAUGGGUUGCUUGGGUGUGCUAGCUUGAUCAUUUUUGCCUUUGGAGCUCUGACGUCCCUUCCCCAGAUGGCUAGAGCUGUUAUCAGGUGUAGCAGUCUAGAAAUCCAUUCACUUUACUUCUAUGGAUUCAGCUGAAGGGUCCAGGUAGCUGAUCAUCAAGUAUGUGACACAGGCUCUGUCCUACAGUCUUAGAGGGGCAGGAGUGAUUGGUGUAGGUACCAGUAUCUGGUUGCAGCAGGGGGUCACACUCUGAACAAGGCAGAGUGUUGAGAACCAACCUCCGAGUGUCUCUGAGCAAAGCGUGUCCCUGUUUCUUAGAGCGUGCAGGUUCUUUGGUUCUGUAGACAGACCAUGGGCACCCAAAGUUUUUGGUUUUAAGGACUGGGAGGUACCAGUUUUCCUUGGACCCCUGUCGCAGGUGGCUGGGUGACCUGAGUGGAGCUACCAGUACUUAGGCCCCUGAUGAACGUAGGCAAGGACCCAGUUUAAUAGGCAAAGCAAUGUCAAACAUCAAACACUCACCUCUGCACUGCACAGCAGAAACGGUUGGAGUCUGCCUACAAGGGCCUAUUCUCCUGAAAUAGGCCCACACAGGUCCGUGCAAAGGGGAAAGGUUUUCAAAGUCCAUGGACUGUUUAUACCUGGACAGGAGCUGCUUCUGUCCUGAGCUCCCCCAGUUAGUGGAGCUGGCAAGUAAUCUUUUCCCCCACAUGCAAAUUUCUUCCUUCUCCAAGGCUGGGAGAAUGGCUCUAGGCGCUCAACAGUGCCCAUCUCAGGCCCAGGAAAUUCAGCUGCUGAUGCUGGCUUGGGGGUGGGGGGGCCCAGUAAAAUAUACACAAGUACUUAGCUUUUGCCGAGAGAUCGUUCUUCUGUGGUUCCGGAGGUGUAAGUAAGCUGUUUGGCUGGCUGCUUCUCCCUGAGGAAACUGCAGCUGAACGCUAGUACCAGCCCGCUGCCACCGCUCCGGGAAUGGUGCCUGAAGACUCCCUGCGAUUCAGGACACAGUGGUCUUUGAGGACGUGACUGUGGAGUUUUCCCAGGAAGAGUGGGAUUUGCUGGAUUUUUCUCAGAGGAAACUCUACAGAGAUGUGAUGACGGAAACCUUCAGGAACCUAGACUUAGUUUUUAAACAGGAUGAUAAUGGACAAACAUCCAUGAAGCAUGACUCCUCGUCCUCCAUGUUAGGAGAAAUCUGUGAAUUCCAUGGCAUUGAGUGUCAGCACAACAGCCAGGGAAGGCACAUGAGGACAUAUAUAGUAGAGAGCCUCUGUGAAAGUAAAGAUGGCAAAGUAAGUAAAGGUGAAGAAAGUAAUCAAUGUGGAAAAACGUUCACCUUAGUUGGAAAUAUUACUAGUCUCGAAAGAACCACUGGAAGAAAUCAUUCUGAAUGCCUCGAGUGUGGAAAAACCUUCAUGGACCAUUCAUCAUUCAAGCAUCACAUCAGAUCUCACACUGGAUACAGACCUUAUCAUUGUAAGGAAUGCAGAGAGGAUUGCAGUUGUCCUUCUUACCUAAAACCUCGAUUGAGAGAAAAACUUUGUAAAUGUAAGGAUUAUGGGAAACCGUGUAGUUGUUUCUUACCUCUCACUAAUCAUCUGAGAACUCACAGUGGAGAGAGGCCUUAUGAAUGUAAGGAAUGUGGGAAAGCCUUUAGUUAUCUUUCAAGCCUCAUUAGACAUAUAAGAACUCACAGUGGAGAGAGGCCUUAUGAAUGUAAGGAAUGUGGGAAAGCCUUUAGUUGUUCCUCAUCCCUUGCUACACAUAUAAGAACUCACAGUGGAGAGAGGCCUUAUGAAUGUAAGGAAUGUGGCAAAGCCUUUACUUGUUCCUCGUCCCUCACUACACAUAUGCGAACUCACAGUGGAGAGAGGCCUUAUGAAUGUAAGGAAUGUGGGAAAGCCUUUAGUUGUUCUUCGUCUCUCACUACACAUAUAAGAUCUCACAGUGGAGAGAGGCCUUAUGAAUGUAAAGAAUGUGGGAAAGCCUUUAGUCGGUCUUCACACCUCACUACCCAUAUAAGAACGCACAGUGAAGAGAGGCCUUAUGAAUGUAAAGAAUGUGGGAAAGCCUUUAAGCAGUUUACACAACUCACUGCCCAUAUAAGAACCCACAGUGAAGAGAGACCUUAUGAAUGUAAAGAAUGUGGGAAAGCCUUUAAGCAGUUUGCACAACUCACCAGACAUGUACGAGUUCAUAGUGGAGAGAAACCUUAUGAAUGUAAGGAAUGUGGAAAAUCCUUCAGUCAGUUUUCGUAUCUCACUGGCCAUAUAAGAUCUCACAGUGGAGAGAGGCCUUAUGAAUGUAAAGAAUGUGGGAAAGCCUUUAUUCGGUCCUCACAUCUCACUACCCAUAUGAGAACACACAGUGGAGAAAGGCCUUAUGAAUGUAAGGAAUGCGGGAAAGCCUUUUUUCGGUCCUCACACCUUACUGAUCAUGUAAGAUCUCACAGUGGAGAAAAGCCUUAUGAAUGUAAGGAGUGUGUGAAAGCCUUUAGUUGUUUCUCAUCCUUCCGUAAACAUGUUCGAACUUACCAUGGAAGUAGGCCUUAUGAUAGUAAGGAAUGUGAGAAAGCAUUUAGUCAGUUCUCACACAUCACUGACUGUAUAAGAUCUCAUAGUGAAGAGAACCUGCAAUGCAGUGAAUUGCUGUCAUAUGGCCCUUCUAGCCAUGGUCUUGUAACUCCCACAAAAUGAUUUGAUGGGACCAUGCAAGUAAAGUGCAUCGAACCUUAGUAGGAGAUUGGUCAGUUUUGCCAUCCACACUAGGUUUGAAAAAGAGCCGAUUCCAGAGAGGGAUGGGGGACUUCACUCCCAUCAAGACUGGCCAGGAGGAGACAGCCAAAAGCGGACCUGGGGUCCCUGUGCUGAGAACCUCCUAGACCCAGGAGAUAGAGCUUAACAGUGUAGGACAUGGGGCAUGAGAUGGUGAGAUAUAGUAAGAAGCGUGGCAGAGAAACGGGUUGUAACAGAACUAGGAGACCAGCAAAGAGAGCACAGUGGGCUUCCCUGCUCAUGGAGCAAGGCAGCCACAAUGUGCUUGCAGAUCCACAGGGUGAGAGAGUUGUGUGCCUUCGGAAGCUUGCUGGCAGAGUCGGGUGUAUCCAGGCACUUGUUGGCAGAGCUACACUUCCUGACCCAUGGAGUAAGAGAGCUGAGCAUUUUCAGUCAGGAGGUUUCCUGGCAGAGUGUGGUGCUUCUAGACUUACUUGUUGGCCUGGCUAAAAAGGUGUAACGCUUGCCCGAGCAGGGCAGAGACUGGCAGCCGAGGCCAGACCUGAACAGAGCCAAGCAGUAGCAAGGCCCUGACUAGGGUGCAGUGGCAGAGGCCAAGAAGAAGCUUUCAUGAUUGAAGAACUGUAUCUUGAGUUGUUCCUGUUACUAAUAUGUUGAUGCUGAUCCUGAAUUGUAAUAUGUUAUUUUCCUAAUAAACCCCAUUAACCAUGAGUACGGUCUGUGAGUUUUCUGUGGUCCUUUCAGUAAGGUAUCUAACCCAGUAGAGAAGUUGAGGGUGCAGUUCUGGUGUCGGAAUUGAUGAAAAGCUAGGUGGUACGUUUGAACUCCACCUCUUAGGAAUCAGCUGUGGGCCGAUGAUGGUGGUGAUUCUCCUCCACUUAAAGUUAGAAGAUGUCUUCUAAUGGAAUACCAGAUUGUCACAGUUGAAUUUAACUGUUAGAAAUGUCUGAUUGUCUUAGUUAUCUAGUGCUGCUUUACAAGAAAUGUCACAAGUGAGUGACUUUAACAAACAAAUUUAUCCUCUAAGUUUAGGGAGCUGGAAGUUUGAAUCCAAGGGGCCAACUCUAGGGGAAGUCUUUCUCUGUUGACCUUGGGGGAAGGUCCUUAUCUCCUUUCAGCAUCUGUGGGCCCUGUGUUUCUUGGAGAUCUCCACGUUUCUUGGCAUCAGCCUUCCCGAGUCCAGGAGGUUCUCAAAGCAGGAACCUCAGGUCCAAAAGACAUGCCCCCACUCCCAGCUCUCCUGUCUUGGUGGUCGUGCAGUCUCUCAUCUCUGCUUGCUUUUCCCUCCAAGAGUUCAGACUCCAAACUAAAAGGUCAGCAGUUUGGAUCCAUGAGCAGCUCCUUGGAAACCCUAUGGGGCAGUCUGCUCUGUUCUGUAGAGUGGCUAUGAGUUCGAAUCAACUUGACGGCAUCAGGUUUUUGUUUUGUUUUUAAGGUAGUUGUGACUCAACAAGGGUGUUGACUUGAUAAGGGUGGUGCAUCCCACCCUAAUCAUGCUUUGUUAACAAACUUAACGUCAUCCUCAUUAACACAACAUAAUCCUGACUCAACACAUAGAAGUUAGGAUUUACAACACAUCACAGAAAGGAGGAUAAUUACAUCGAUCACAAAAAUUGGAAGACAGCCACACAAUACUGGGAAUCAUGGCAUAACAAAGUCGACACAUAUUUUGGGGGGAUGCAAUUCAAUCCAUGACACUCCACCCUUUGGCCCCCAAAAUUCAUGUUCUAACUAGAUGUAAAACACAUUGACCUCAUCAUAUCAUCCGAAAAGUUAGAAAUCAAGUCCAAAAUCUCAUCUUCCGAAUCAUUUAAAUCUAAUAUGGGUGAGACUUUAGGCAUAUUCUGUCCUUGGGCAAAACUCUUCAUCGGUGAACCCGUGAAAUUUAGACAAGUUACCUGUUUCCACAGGACAGUGGUGAAACAGGCACAAGGUAGACAUUUCCAUUACAAGUAAGAGAAACUGGAGUGAAAGAAAGGAUAAAAGGCACCAAGCAAGUCUAAUACCCAGGAGAAUAAUUUACAUUAGUUCUCAAGUAUUAAAAAUAAUCCCAUUAUUGGGGCCUGUCUGGUCCUGCCCUCCAUACUCUCCAUGUUGGCUAUGCUCUCUGGCUCCCAGGCAGAGGCCUCCCAGCCCUGGGCUUCAGCUCUACUUUCUAGGCCACUGGAACAGCAACUCUGCUUCUUCGGCUUUGGGUGGCUCCAUUCUCCUAGUCCAUGUGAGUGGCAGCCUCACCCCCUCAGCCUAAGCAGGCCCAGUUCUUCUCAACCUUGUGCGUCGCAGCCUCACGUCCUCAGGUUUGUGCAGUAGCCCCAUCACCCUGACACACCUUAAUGGCAGCCCCACACUCUGCAGUUGAGUUAGGGAAGAUCCAACCCUUUGUGUCUCUAAGUCUAAGGUGUGUCUCUUGUAGGCAGCAUAUAGGCGGAUCUUGUUUUCUAAUCCAUUGUGCUACUCUGUCUAUUGGUGCAUUUAGUCCAUUUACAUUCAGGGUAAUUAUGGAUAGGUAUGAAUUUAGUGCUAUCAUUUUGAUGUCUUUUUGUGUGUGUUGACAGUUUCUUUUUCCCACUUCAUUUUAUGUGCUGAGUAGAUUUUCUUUAUAUAUUGUCCUUUCCUCAUAUUUGUUGUUGUUGAUUUGUUUCUGCUGAGUCUGUAUUUUUCCCUUGUAUUUUAUUUUGAUGAGUAGGAUAGUUUGUCUCCUUUGUGGUUACCUUAUUAUUUACUACUAUUUUUAUCAAUUUAAAACUUUUAUUUCUUUGUAUCGCCGUAUCUUCCUCUCCAUAUGGGAGGUGUAUGAUUACCUUUCUUAGUCCCUCUUUAUUAUUUUAGUGUUGUCUUCUUUUAUAUAAUAACAUCGCUGCUACCCUGUCUUGGGCUUUUGUGUGUGUAUAUAUAUAUGUGUGUAUAUAUAUAUAUAUAUAUACACACAUACAUAUGUAUAUAUAUAUGUGUAUAUAUAUAUAUAUACACAUAUAUACACAUACGUAUGUAUAUAUAUAAUCUUUGUUUUUUUGGAUGUCUCUAUCUGGGUUGACUUCUGGUCGCUCUGCCCAGUGUUCCAGUCAUGGGUUGAUAGCUGAUAUUAUUGAUUUUCUAAUCAAAGAACUCCCUUUAGUAUUUCUUGUAGUUUUUGAUUUGGUUUUUAUGAAUUCCCUAAACUUGUGUUUAUCUGGAAGUGUCUUAAUUUCACCUUUAUAUUUAAGAGACAGUUUUGCUGGAUAUAUGAUUCUUGGCAGGCAAUUUUUUUCCUUCAGUUUUUUAAAUAUGUCAUCCCAUUGCCUUCUUGCCUGCAUGGUUUCUGCUGAGUAGUCCGAGCUUAUUCUUACUGGCUCUCCUUUGUGGGUGACUUUUCGUUUAUCCCUCGGUGCUCUUAAAAUUCUCUCUUUAUCUUUGGUUUUGGCAAGUUUGAUUAUAAUGUGUAUUGGAGACUUUCUUUUAACAUCUACCUUAUGUGAAGUUUGAUGAGCAUCUUGGAUAGAUAUCGUCUCAUCUUUCACAAUACCAGGGAAGUUUUCUGCCAACAAAUCUUCAACAAUUUUCUUUGUAUUUUCUGUUAUCCCCCCCUGUUCUGGUUCUCCAAUCACUUAUAGGUUUUUUCUCUUGAGAGAGUCCCACAUGAUUCUUAAGCUUUCUUCAUUUUUUUUAAUUCUUUUAUCUGGUUUUUCCUCAAAUAUAUUAGUGCCAAGUGAUUUAUCUUCGAGUUCAGAAAUUCUAGCUUCUACUUGCUCAAUUCUGCUCCUCUGACUUCCUAUUGAGUUGUCUACUUCUGUAAUUUUAUUGUUAAUCUUCUGAAUAUCUGAUUGCUGUCUGUCUAUGGAUUUUUCCACCUUGUUAAACUUUUCAUUAUGCUCCUGAAUAAUCUUUCUAAUUUCUUCAAUUGCUUUAUCUGUCCUUGGCUUGUUCCGCGUGUUGCCUUGUUUCCUUCCUGAUGUAUUGAAGGGUUCUGUAUAUUAAACUUUUGUAUUCUGCGUCUGGUAAUUCCAGGAAUGCACUUUCAUCUAGAAGAUCCCUGGAUUCUUUGUUUUGAGAGCCUGUUGAGGAGAUCAUGAUCUUUCUUUAUGUGACUUGAUAUUGACUGUUGUCUCCGAGCCAUCUAUAAGUUAUUGUAUUAGUCUAUGCUUGCUUACUGUGUCAUAGCUGCUUGCUUUGUUUUGUUUUGGUAUACCCCUAUGGGUUGCUUGAGUGAGCUAGCUUGAUUAUUUUCACCUUUGGAGCUCUGGUGUCCUGUCCCCAGCUGGCUAGAGCUGUUACCAGGUAUGUCAGUCUAGGAGUCCAUUCAGUUUUCUUGUAUGAAUUCAGCACAGGUUUCCAGGUAGCUGAUCAUCAAGUGUGUGGUACAGGCUCUGUCCUACAGUCUUAGAGGGGCAGGGAUGAUUGGUGUAUAUACCGGUAUCUGAUUGCAGCAGGGGGUCACACUGAACAAGGCAGGGGGCUGAGAACCGACCCCCAAGUGUCUCUGAGGAAAAUGCAUCUCAGUUCCCUAGAGCAUGCUGGCAGGUGGGUCCUGCAGAGGGACCAUGGGCACCCAAAGUUUUUGGUUGUAAGGACUGGGAGGUACCAGUUAUCUUUGGACCCCUGUCAUGGGUGUCUGGGUGACCUGAGUGGAGCUACCAGUCCUUAGGUCCCUGAUGUGGGUAGUUGAGGACCUUGUUUAAUAGGCAAAGCUAUGUCAAACGUCAAACACCCACCUCUGCACUGCACAGCUGAAAUGGUUGGAGUUUGCCAACAAGGGCCUAUUCUCCCGAAAUAGGCCCACACAGGUUCAUGCAGAAGGGAAAGGUGCUCAAGGUCCAUGGACUGUUUAUGCCUGGACAGGAGCCACUUCUGUCCUCAGCUUGCCCAGUUAAUGGAGCUAGCAAAUUAUCUUUUCUCCCCAUUUGUAAAUUUUUUCCUUCCCCAAGGCCGGGAGGAUGGCUCUAGGUGCUCACCAGGGUCUAAAGCCCAGGGAUUCAGCCGUUGAAGCCGGCUUGGUGGUGGUGGGGGGCACAGUAAAAUAUAUGCAAGUACUUAGCUUUUGCCGAGAGCGCCAUUCUCCUCAGGUUCCAGAGGUGUGAGUAGGCUGUGUGGCUGGCUGCUUCUCCCUGAGGAAACUGGCCGAACGCUAGUACCAGCCUGCCGCUGCCUCUCCGGGAAUGGUGCCUGAGGGCUCCCCGCGAUUCAGGUCUGGUAACUUCUCUCCACUUCUGAACGGCCUCUUCCUCCCCCUGCCCCUCAGUUCGUUGUCUAAGCUUGCCUUGGAUGCUCAGGGCUCCCAGCUUGUCACAAAUA